AUGUAUGAUCCGGAUGUUAUCCUUUACCUCUACCCGAAUAAGGGUCAGGGCAGAGAGAGCGGGAUCGACGCCAUCAAUAUGCCUGCCAACCGCUCACUAUACCUCCCUCCCCGACGGCACAUUGAUCCGCUCAAACUAUCGCCCGAAACCGACAGUCGCUCUGUCAGGGAGGCAACGGAGCCUCCAGAAGAAGAUGAUGACCUCUCGCGCCUGCCCUGUGCAGCAUUCAGAUUCAGCAGGCCCCCCAAGACUCAUCGCGGCUCGGUGUCAGGACGAAACCCGGACGCAGACUUUGUUUUGCCCUCCCUGAAAGGCGUCAGUUGGGAGCAUUUCACGGUGACCUUCGACGAAAAGCACCACGUGAUCAUCAAGGAUCUGCUCUCCACAGUUGGGACGCGGGUCAUUUAUGACGACGAGGAAGGCCAGCGAGGACGCGGUGUUGCCUGGAGUACCCGUGGCCCAGCCCUCGUGCAGGGCAAACUGCCCGUCCUCAAGGUCGUUGGAAACCUCCAGUUCAGGAUGGUCGUGCCAGACCACGACAUAAACUCCCAGACAUACAUCGACGACGUCAAGCGGUACCUCCAGGGGACGACGCCUGCCGAAGGCCUCCUCUCGGACCUCAAACUCAUCAAUCGCCCGCAAACCGAGCUUCCGACCCCCGGCGAGGCCCACACCCCAUCUGCACAGGCUCCCGGGCCGAUACUCUGGAAGAAGGAGCUGGGCAAAGGGAGCUUUGCGGUGGUAAGCUACGCCUGGGAUGUGACUAGCAGAGCAGAAUAUGCCCUGAAGGAGCCCCUGCCGAGCAAACGGGUAGAAUGGAAAAGAAAGGACUGGGAGAAGGAGGCCAGGAUCAUGGCGGGCAUUUCUCAUGACCAUAUCCUCGCCUUGAGGCAUGCGAAGCUCGACCCCCGGCCCGAGCUAUACUUUGAGUACGUCCCGGGGGGCACUCUCGAAGACAUUUUGUCUACGACGCGCUUCCAGAAGAAACAGGUCGCUAUCCAGCUGCUUGACGGCCUCAAGUACCUCCACGGACAGCCGACGCCAAUCGUCCAUCGCGACGUCAAGCCGGAGAACGUGCUGGUCCAGCGCUGGGGCCCCGACGAAAUCCACGUCAAGCUCGCCGACUUUGGUUUGUCAAAGCAGUCGGAUGCCCUGAAAACCUUCUGUGGUACCGCACUCUACAUCGCUCCAGAGGUUCUCUGCACGCAGACGCCCCUGAGCAAGAACUACACGAAGUACGAUUCCAUGGUCGACGUCUGGUCUCUCGGCGUGCUACUCGUCAAGCUGGUGUGCGGUCAGCUGCCCAGGUUCCUCCAGGCCUAUGUGACGGCUGGGAUGACCUGGGCAGGCGUGAUGCAGCAGUUCGUGUCAAGGUACCUGCUGCACACCGAGGACAAGGACUCGCUGAUUUAUUUCGCCAACGAAUAUAUGCUGGUGACUGACCCGAAGAAGCGGCAGUCAGCGGAGACGUGCCACGAUAAGGCACUGCAGCUGUUUGGCCGUGGCGCUCCGGCCCAAGCUCCCGAGCCUUUGUCCCCCAUCGCAGAGUGGAAUCAUUCCCAGAGCUCUUCGGCCGACGUCGAGGAUAGCGACGAGAACAGCUAUAAAGAUAGCAACGAGGAGAGCGAUAAAGAUAGCGAUAAGGAGAGCAAUCCAGCUACACCCAAAGCUCGGCCGGCGAGUUUCACUACUGCUUCCGAAGACUCUCGGGCUAGCAAGGCGUCCACCAUCCGUCUGAGCCCCGGGAACGGCGAAGAGGGCAGCCAGAACUGGGAGUCAUCGGAUUCGGGAUUCUCAGUGCUGGGAAGCGUGAGCCUUAUUCGUGACUUAGGCGAGAACGGCUCGGCUUUUAUCGACACCUUGCUUGGCAUCGAACCGCUGGACGUGGCAUCGUCUGAGUGCUCGGAUGCUCCAACUCCAGAUACCCUCCCACAUAUCACUCUGGUCGACGGCGAGCUAUGGGUCACAGGAGCAACCACUGGAACCCAUGAUUCGGUUGCAGCCUCGGAGCAGAGCAGGCAAGAGCAGUUGGUGCCUGGCCCAGUCUCUAUUGGCUCGGAACUUGGCCGGGCUACCGAGACCCGCGUCGCGACGGCGGCGAGAGGAGAGGAUGAUUCAGCUGCCACAUCUGCAUUAUCGCCAUCCCGGCGCAAGAGGUCCUGGCCAGGAGGCAAACAAGGCUCCGUGACUUCGGGUGUCCCGUCUGAGCUCACCGAUGGGGAUCCAGAAGAGGGAGCUGGUAAACGCAGCAGGGUGCAGCUUGCAGAGACCUCAGCCUAG